GGUCCAAUUCCCAAUUCCAAACUCCAAACAAAAGUACUCUUAUGAUUUAUUCGAUGCGACUGAAACACGUGCCUGAAAUCCACGAACAGAACUCCAGCAAUCUCACGGUCCAAAUUCAACGGCGUCCCCAUCUUCACCCAAUCCCUUUCCUACAAAGGAAAAAAUCCUCAAAUUGAAACAAACACAAAACAAAGCAAUAAAAAGAAGUCCAAUCAAAUCAGCCAUGGGUGUGGUGAUAAUUGACGGCACGACGGUGAAGGCGUUCGUGAACGACGAGGCACAUUUCCAGAAGAGCAUGGAUGAGGCGUUCGCGUCGCUGGACGCCAACCACGACGGCGUGCUGUCGCGGUCGGAGCUCCGGCGCGCCUUCGAGUCGAUGCGGCUGAUCGAGACCGACUUCGGCGUGGACGUGGCGACGCCGCCGGAGGAGCUGACGAAGCUCUACGAUUCCAUCUUCGCCAAGUUCGACUGCGACAACAGCGGCACCGUGGACCAGAAGGAGUUCAGGGAUGAGAUCAGGAACAUCCUGCUCGCCAUAGCCGAGGGGCUCGGCUCCAACCCCAUCCAGAUGGCGCUCGAGGACGGCGAUAAGAAUCUCCUCAAGCAGGCCGCCGAUCUCGAGGCUUCCAAGAUCAAGACUGCUAAGCUUGAUUGAUGCUUUUAAAAUUUCAAAUACUACUAAUAAGUUUGUUGAGACAAUAAAAAUUCGGUUUUUUUCUUUCUCUGGCAACUGUGUUUGGUGUUGAGGUUUCCUUGUAAUAUAGUAAUGGAAUGGAAUUUUAUUGUCUUCAGUCA